AUGAAAAUCGCCACCUUCCAAUAUGGCAAACUCUUUGUUGUAAUUGUCGCUAAUCCCCUUAGCAGAGGAGUUUCUUCUUCUAACGAUUUUGUCGGGGAUCUGAGAUUUUUGAGGAGUCAAGGAGGUAAUAAAAAUUUUCUUUUUGAAGACUCGUGGUGGGUAUUUUGCCAAAUGCAUCUUUUGGGUAUUGGUAUGAAUCAGUUCACUUACGGGGGUAUUCUUUCCGCUUGUUGUGCUUUGGGUAGUGUGGUUUGUGGAGAGCAGGUUUAUGGAUUUGUCGUGAAAAACGGGUUCCUUUUAAAUGGUUAUGUGCGUGCUGGAAUGAUAGAUUUAUUCACAAAGAGUUGCAGGUUCGAGGAUGCUUUGAGGGUGUUUUAUGAUGUUUCGUGUGAUAAUAAUGUGGUUUGUUGGAAUGCUGUUAUGUCUGGGGCAGUUAAGAAUAAUGAGAAUUGGGUUGCUUUGGAUAUUUUUGUCCAAAUGUGUCGUCUAGGGUUAUUGAUACCGAAUGGUUUUACGUUUUCAAGUGUUUUGACUGCCUGUGCUGCACUCGAAGAGCUUGAGUUGGGAAAAGGGGUUCAAGGAUGGGUGACCAAAUGUGGUGUAGGAGAAGAUGUCUUUGUGGGCACUACUAUUGUUGAUUUGUACGUCAAAUGUGGAGCCAUGGAUGAGGCUAUUAAGCAAUUUAAGCAAAUGCCAGUUCGCAAUGUUGUUUCUUGGACUGCCAUAAUCUCUGGUUUUGUUCAGCAAGGCGAUUCAGUUUCUGCUGUAUGGACUUUUGACAAAAUGAGAAAAACAGGAGAAGAUAUUAAUAACUUCACCAUCACAAGUGUGCUUGCAGCUUGUGCUAAUCUGUCUAUGUUUAAAGAAGCAAUGCAGAUCCAUUGCUGGAUUUUAAAGAUCGGACUCUAUUCAGAUUCAGCAGUGAAAGCAUCUUUGAUAAAUAUGUACUCAAAAAUUGGAGUGGUUAAUUUAUCUGAGAUGGUGUUUGCAGAGACUCAAAGGUCGAAACAACUAGGAGUUUGGACUAAUAUGAUAUCUGCAUUUGCUCAGAAUGGAAGUUCUGAAAAAGCAAUUAACUUGUUUCAGAUAAUGUUGAAAGAGGUUCUCUUUUCACGAUAUCAUGGAUUAGCAGAUAAGGCAAUUAUGCUGUUCAGAGAGAUGUUGUUUGAAGAAUUCAUUCCUGAUGAAAUGAGUUUAUCUGCUGGUCUAAGCGCAUGCUCUGCUCUUCGUUCCUUGGAGAUAGGCAAAGAAAUUCAUGGGUUUGCUCUUCGAUAUGGCUUUGGUGAGCAGAUGAUCAUUGAUGGGGCACUCGUGAAUAUGUACUCAAAAUGUGGUGAUCUCAAUUCAGCAAGGGUAGUUUUUAGAUUGAUGCCUCUUAAAGAUCAGGUUUCUUGUUCCUCAUUAGUUUCAGGGUAUUCCCAAAGUGGGUAUAUUGAGGAGGCUCUGCAGCUUUUCCAUGAAAUUCUUCUAGCUGAUUUGAAUAUUGAUGCCUUCACAAUUUCGUCUAUACUUGGGGCUGUUUCUUUCUUAAAUAUACCAGACAUUGGUACUCAGUUGCAUGCACGUAUUAUAAAAAUGGGAGUAGAAUCAGAAGCUUCAGUAGGAAGUUCACUUGUUACGAUGUAUUCAAAAUGUGGAAACUUCGAAGAUUGCAGUAAAGUGUUCCAACAGAUAAAAAAUCCUGAUUUAGUUAGCUGGACAACGAUGAUCACAAGCUACGCUCAACAUGGGAAAGGGUCAGAAGCUUUACACAUAUAUGACCUUAUGAGAAAGUCAGAAAUAAAGCCAGAUUCGGUGACUUUUGUUGGCGUUCUAUCUGCUUGCAGUCAUUCAGGUUUAGUUGAAGAAGGGUAUUUUCAUCUAAAUUCAAUGUCUAAAGAGUAUCGAAUUGAGCCUGGUUACCAGCAUUACGCCUGUAUGGUGGAUAUUCUUGGCCGUGCAGGAAAACUAGAAGAGGCUGAGAAAUUUAUUUCUAACAUGCCUAUAGAACCUGAUGCUUUAGUGUGGGGAACGCUACUUGCUGCUUGUAGAGUUCAUGGCGAUAUUGAGCUUGGGAAGCUCGCUGCUGAAAAGAUCAUGGAAUUAGGGCCUUCUGAUGCUGGAGCUCAUGUUUCAUUAAACUGGAGUACAGAAGGAACCUGGAUGGAGUUCUGUAUGAAGCGUAGCCUUGCCCUUUGGGAUUACCCUUAUCCCAUUUUCUCCCCAUGCUUUCUCACCUGGUGCCUCUUAGAGAUGAGAAGCCCUUUCCUUGUGGUUUAUAUGACAGAUUGUCGAAUAUCAGUAAAGGCUGGAUGUAAAACAUUGCAGGUGCCGUUGAAUGAAGAUGAAACUGCUGAAGAAUUGCAGAACAGAAUUUUGCUCCAGCCACCUGAGGAAAGAGAAGCUAUUCGCAUAAAACCAAACCCAAACCUCAGAAUUCAACCAAUUUCCAUAAUCCAAGUGCUAAGAAUACUACUAAGGAGAAUAAUUUAA